AUGUUUUUCUGGGUUAUUCGAGAUGAUUUGACCUUAAAUGACCAUUUUGCUGUAGUGAUGAUGAUGUUUAGCUGUCCACUGCCAUAUAAUGGUGUGGACAUUACUAAUAAUAUUCAAGCAUCAGAAGCUCUUAAAACUGAAACUGAUGAUUUGAAGAAGAAGCAUGAUGAGGCUGCUUCAAAAGUUCUCCAGCUUGAAGAAGAUAUCAUGACUGUUACUCAAAAAGCCAUUGCAAAAGAAACUGAGUUAGACAGUCUGAAGGACAAACUGAAGAAAGUGAUGCUUGAGAAGGAGCAACUUGAAUGUGUGUUAAAGACAGAAAAGGAUGAAAAAGAACUUUAUAAGAUACACUUGAAGAAUACAGAAAUAGAAAACACCAAACUAGUAAAAGAAAUCCAGACGUUUAAGAAUUUGGAUGCAAACAAAGAAAACAUGAUAUCGUAUUAUAAAGAGGAGGUUGGCAGAUUACAGCUAUUUAUAGCUGAAAAUGAAAAUAUGAAGAAAGCUUUUUUGCUCUCCUCAUCAGACAAGGAGGAUGCAAGUAUUUUAAAAGAACAGCUUCGGAAAGCUGAAGAUCAGAUUCAGGCUAGAAAACAAGAAGCUGUCCUAAUGUCAAAAGAGCUGAGCGAUGCAGUAAAUGUGCGAGAUAAGACGAUGGCAGAUCUUCACAGUGCACGUCUGGAAAAUGAGAAAUUGAAAAAGCAGCUUGCUGAUGCUUUAGCUGAGCUUAAAAAAAUCACGGUUUUGAAAAAUGAACAGGAAACUUCAAACACAGCAGAGCAGGAACUACGCAGAGAAGUUGAAGAUCUGAAGCUUCGUCUGCAAAUGGCUGCUGAUCACUACAAGGAAAAAUUCAAAGAAUGUCAAAAACUUCAAAAACAAGUAAACAAGUUUACAGAACAGGCAAAAAUUGCAGGGCAUCAGCAGAAACUGACAGAUGCAUCUAACAUUGAGACAACUACUGCCAUCAUUACAGACAAAAAGUUGUCUGCAUCUCCAGUUAGCCCCCUUUCAUCUGACAUAGUUUCGGAAUUCAUGGUAAAGGAGCAAGUACGUGAAAUGAAUAAAGAAAUUGCUGAGAAAACAGAGAAGUAUAAGAAAUGCAAGCAAAUGUUGGCAGACGAGAAGAUGAAGUGCAGUGUUUAUGCUGAUGAAUUAGCUAAACUGGAGAUGAAAUGGAAAGAACAAGUGAAAAUCAAUGAGGGUAUAAAAUUACAGCUGGCUGCAAUGGAGGAUCAGUACAAAGUUCAGCUGGCGGAAAAAGAGAGACGAAUAAGGGAACUGGCAUCACAGUUGGAACUCUUUAGCAGUGAGAAGGAACUUGGCAGGACACCAGGAAAUCAAGCUGGAAGGGUGAUGGAAGGACAGAUUUCACAACAGACGUUACAUUUUCGCAACCCGUAUUCUGAGGAAAAUGGACCAGUUCCCGCAGUGCCAAGCAGACUGCCAGUAUUGCAAUAUGGAAACCCUUAUGCAAUUCAGGAGAGAAGAGAUGGAGCAGAUGGCGCUUUUAAUCCUGAUGAGAUCCAAAGACCACCUGUUAGAACUUCCUUUUGGGAGCUGGAAGAUGAUGUGGUGUGUAGUCAGCCUUCACGCAAUCUUAGUCGGCCUGACGGUUUGGAAGAUCCUGAGGAUAGCAAUGAUGAUGAAAACACUGUACCUUCUGCUCCUGAUCCUCCCAGUCUUCUCUUGCAUGAACGUGGAACAGGUUUCUGCUUUGAUGCCAGUUUUGAUGUGCACAAGAAAUGCCCUCUUUGUGAUGUGAUGUUUCCACCGAACUACGACCAGAGCAAGUUUGAGGAGCAUGUGGAGAGCCACUGGAAGGUGUGCCCCAUGUGCAGUGAGCAGUUCCCGCCCGACUAUGACCAGCAAGGCUUUGAGAGGCACGUUCAGACACACUUUGAUCAGAACGUAUUAAAUUUUGAUUAAAUACUUUGUUUUGCAGUGUAGCUUAAAAACCCCCCACUCUGGGUAGUCCACCUAUGGAACGAAACCAGUGCAGCUUUUCUGUAACAGUGCAAACUUCUGAUUAAAAGCUAACAUACUCUAAUGGGAGCUGUGAGCUGCUAUUGGGUUAUCUUCUCUCUCUACCUAACAUUAUACUAAAAAAACCCCACCAAACCACAAAACCCCCACUCUGUUGUGUAUGUAGCUAUUUAUUUCCCUACUUAGUGGAAUUUGUAAGGCCGGAGGAAUGACUUAGCCUCAGAAAAAAUGAGACCAGCUUCCUGAUGCUCUUCAGCUACAUAAAAAUGCGACCUGGGGUUCCUCUUGCCUGUGAUAACUGAGGCAUGAUUAAAAAGGUAAUAAAGAGAUAUUUCUCCUAGCAAAUUUGUGUAGUUUUUCUUUGAGUAACAGUUAAAUCGAAAAGUUCCAUUACUUACCCUACGAAAAUAUAGUUUUCUAGUACAUUUCUGAAAUGUAGGUGCAUGUACUGUGAGUUACAGGCUUGCAACAAAAGGAAUGGCAAAUCCUUCAGUUUUAAAUACAGAAUGUUUGCCUUAAGGGAUAAUGUUAAAUUAAGUAUAUUAUACCUUAAGGCAGUAUUUUUGAGUUGAAAGAAACUGCUGUGCUUAAAUGCCUAAAAGUAAUUAUUUAAAAAAAAUCAUUGCCAUUAUGUUGCAAUUGCAUUCAGUAGAAAAUAUUGUUAUAUUUUCACAACAGUGAAUUGUGUUCCUUUUGGCUUAGGGCUUUUAAAACCUUCUGCAUUUUAACUUCAUGUAUUUCUUUCCAGUAAGUAAAAACAUGUGUGUAUAUCUAAACAUUUUAUAUUUACUUUAACUGUAUUAAGUAAAUUUGCUUUCCACUUGUUGUACAGUAGUCUUGUUACAUUAAAAGCAAAAUUAUUGACGGA